GCUUUAUGCGGGAGGAGAUGGCGCGGCGGGAGGAGGCCGAGCUGCGCCGGAGCCACCAGAAACCGCGGAGCCCCGAGGGCUGGGGGCUGCUCCUGGCCCUCUGGUACUUGGCCUUCUACAAGCCCAUCAUCACCGAGGGCCACCUGAGGAGGAAGAACAUCGAGUUCAUCUUCAUCCGCUUCAGCGCCUGGCAGUACGCCGGCUGCGACAAGCUCUGGGCUGGCUUGGUCACCACCCUCUGUGACAACAUCCGCCACCAUUUUGGGGCUCUGCCCCUCAGCGUCUACCAUGUGAUGGGCACCCGGCCUCGCUUCGCCUCUGGCUUCAGCCAGAAGGAGUGGGUGCUCAAGACGGGCACCUGCCUCAAGCUCUGGGGGCUACUCUUCAUCCUGGGCGCCGGCCUCAGCAUCCUACUGGUGGCCCUCUUGGUGCCCGGCAUCAAGGACCACCACGCUUUGAAGGUGGUGGGGAGCGCCGUCACCUCCCUCUCUGGUUCCGGUUUGGUGCUCGGAGCUGUCUCCGUCUUGAAGAACCUGUUGGUCAGCGAGAAGCAGAAGAUUGAGCGCUUGACCAACAGCGAGAAGUUCACCAGCCAGCUGGGCUUCAUGAGCAAGGUGCGCAGAGAGGUGGAGGUGCUGGUCGACUACUUGGCCUUCAUGGAGAUCUUUGAACGCCGACGGCUCCGCGUGGUGCUGGAGAUCACCAGCCUGGACAUCUGCUACCCAGAGAAGGUGGCCGGUGUCCUCAAUGCCAUGAACACCUUGCUCUCCGACACCAACACUCCCUUCAUCUUCAUCCUGGCUGUUGACCCCAGCGUCAUCGUCCCCUGCCUGGAGCAAACCGGUUGUAUGAAGGGUCUUGCCGACAACGGUUACCUCUACCUCAACCGGACGGUGACGCUGCCCUUCUCCAUCCCGGAGAUGGGCGCCCGCUCCCGCCUCCAGUGCCUGGAAGCCGCUGUCCAAACACGGGAAGACCUCAUGUACCGCAUCAUCACCAGCAACGUGGAACGCCGCCGAGCCAAAUGCCAGCACGUCCCGGCCACUCCCACUGGGCGGGAGGCAGACGCUGAAGCCGUCCGUUGCAUCCACGAAGCUUUCCGCUGCCUCCAUGAUGGCGCCGACCCUCUGGCCCGUUACCUCCCCACCGACGGCACCCAUGUCCGCCGCAUCGUCAACACCAUCCCCAUCACCCUCCGGCUCCUCCUGCACCGCACCGGCACCCCCGGCACCCCCUCACCCCGCGCCGCGGCGGCCUGGGUGGUGUUGGCCGACCAGUGGCCAUGCCGGCUGAGCUGGGUGCUGCAGUGCUUGGAGGAUGCUUGGCAGAGCCACCCGGCGCCGGAUCUGGGGGGACGAUCCCUGUGGAGCAUUUUCCAGGAGAACUUGGGGGAGCUGAGCGCCCUGCGGCAGCCCCUGCACAACGUCCUCAGCCUGGACGGGGACCCUGAACUCUUUCAAACUUUUCUGGCUUGCGAUUUCCCCUUCGCCGCCCGCGACGCCCGCGCCUUCCUCGGCGUCACCGUCAACCUGGACCACUCCAUCCGGCACAAGAUGGGGCUCCUGCGUGGCCUUGACCGCCUGCAGAAAGCCAUCGCCGUGUCCCGCAGCGUCCAGUGUCCCCCCACAGAGUGA